AUGAGCCACGGUCUUUCAACUCGCGGCAGCAUCGCAGCCAAGCCGGACGAUGGCAUGCUUCUGUGGAAAAUCGUGCAGGACCUCUGGGAUCCGGAAUCAAAUCCCAAAGGCUAUGUGAGCUUGGGAAUCGCGGAAAAUACUCUCAUGCACGAUAGACUGUCGAAACACAUCCACGAGAAUCUAGCAGUUCCAAACCACUCGUUCACGUACGGCGAUGGCAUGACGGGCUCCAAGCGUCUGAAGGCAUCACUCGCGCGCUUCCUCACAGAGCGACUUCACCCAGUGACGACCAUCGAAGCGCAACAUAUCUCCGUCACCAAUGGUUGUAGUUCGGCGAUAGAACAUCUUUGCUGGGCGUUGGGCAACCCUGAUGAAGGCUUCCUCCUCGGUCAACCCCACUACGGAGCGUUCCUUCCGGACGUCGAGUAUCGGACGGGCUGCAAGCUAGUACAGGUUCCAUUCCACGAUGUUGACCCGUUCGGAUUGGAUGCCGUUCAGAAGUACGAGGAGGCAUUGCUGUCUGCCAGGGAGAAGGGGACCAAAAUUGCCGCUCUCAUCCUGUGUCACCCCCACAAUCCUCUUGGGCGUUGUUACCCGCGGGAGACCAUCAUCGAAUUGAUGCGGCUGUGCCAGAAGUACGAUAUGCAUCUCAUCAGUGAUGAGAUAUAUGCUCUCUCUGUCUGGGAAAACACAAUCGAUACGAAGCCAGCGCCGGUUCCUUUCGAAUCCUGUCUCUCCAUUAGCACAAUAGACAUCAUGGACGCCCAUCGACUGCAUGUUCUCUGGGGAAUGUCCAAAGACUUUGGUGCAAAUGGCCUCAGACUCGGAGCCAUAAUCUCGCAGCACAAUCUGUCGUUCCACAGCUCUUUGACCCCCGUCGGCAUCUACAGCUCACCUUCCGGACUCACGGACCAUGCAACCGCUAACAUCCUCGAUGACCGCGAGUGGGUCGAUGGCUACAUCGACGAGAACCAGCGCAAGCUUCGAGAAAACUUUGAUCUGGUGGCUCACUGGGUCACAGAGAACGGGAUCAAAUACGCCCCCGGGGCAAAUGCCGCAUUCUUCCUGUGGGUUGAUCUCGGGAAAGCCUAUCGCGAGCGCCGUCCGGGUGUAGAAGUUGAGAAUAUCAGCACAGAAGUGAUGCGCGCGUUGCUUAACAAGAAGGUGUUUCUGGCAUCUGGGAAGCAGUUUGGCGCUGAGCAGCCGGGAUGGUUCCGGAUCGUGUUUUCGAACAACAAAGAGCUGCUGUUGGAAGGCCUCAAACGAGUUGCUGCUGCGUUAGACGGUUAG